GCUUGGGGAAUGUGGAUGACAGCUAAUUUUAAUUUCUGAAAUCUGCAUUUCGAGGCGCCAUUUUGUUCUUGGUUAAAAAGUGUUUGGAGCGUGGAAGAUUUUGUGAUAAAAUAGCUUGUAAUUUUACUUUCUGGGUGUAAAAAGUAGUGUUGCUUUUGUAGCAUAAUAGAACCUAAAAUGCCGGGCGCCGGUACUUUCAAAAUCUUCGUCGGGAACCUAUCCGAUAAAACUACGGACGUCGAUCUGAGGCCGCUGUUCGAAAAGUACGGUACGGUCGUAGAAUGCGAUAUCAUCAGAAAUUACGGUUUCGUGCACAUGGAAAACGAGCAAGUCGGGCGCGAGGCCGUUCAGAACCUCAACGGCGAGAUCGUGAACGGACAGGCCAUCAAAAUAGAGGCGGCCAAGAGCCGCAAGGCGCCGUCCACGCCGACCACUAAAAUAUUCGUCGGGAACCUCACGGACAAUACGCGCGCGCCCGAGGUCCGCGAGCUGUUCCAGAAGUUCGGCACGGUCGUGGAGUGCGAUAUCGUUCGCAACUACGGCUUCGUGCACCUGGACGCGACGUCCGACGUCAACGAGGCCAUCAAAGAGCUGAACGGCAUGAUGGUCGACGGGCAGCCCAUGAAGGUGCAGCUGUCCACCAGCCGCGUGCGCCAGCGGCCCGGCAUGGGCGACCCCGAGCAGUGCUACCGCUGCGGCCGCGGCGGCCACUGGUCCAAGGAGUGCCCCAAGGCGCUGGGCCCCGAGCGCAACGGCUUCCGCGAGCGCUUCGGCCGCGACCCGUACCCUCCGCCGCCGCCGCCGCCCUUCCUCCGCGAUCGCAUGAUGGGAGGAUUCGGGGACCCUUACGAUGGAUACUAUGACAGAGCGAGGUUUGACUCUCCAAGGGAUUUGUUUGAGCGACGCUACCCGGUGGGAGCUUCGAGGGGGCUAGACAUGGGCGCGUCGCGGGCGCGAGGCGACUUCGCGUCGCCACCACUGCGCCGCGAACCCAUGCCUCCGAUGCCCAACCUGCCGCCCAUGAGGAACAGUAUAGGCUCCAUGAGGUCUUCCUAUGACACCAUGUACAACAGGCGGAGCCCGCCGCGCGGACCGCAGAUGUCACGAGGGAUGUAUGAAGACUUCAGCCGGGACACAUUUGAUGACAGAAGGCCGGGAAUGCGCGGGCCGUCUCCGUCCAGAAGAUAUGCGCCUUAUUAAUUUUAUCACUAAUUAAUUUAUCACUUGACUGAGUGAAUCUUUGAAUUUGACAAAACCCACUGCGUCACUGUUUAGCAACCAAACAGUAAAGGUUUAGAAUGCUUUGAUAAAGAUCCCGUUAUCAAAUUUUUAUAACUUAUCUGUCAUAUUAAUUAUUUAAAUCUAUGUUCCCUUAGACAAAUAAUAUAGGUAACUUAGUUUGAUAAUCCUGACUGCUUACAGAUCAUAAGUCAAUGGCACAAAAAUGGGAUUUUAUAUAGUUAUAUUUUUAUUUUACCGGCUUUUAAUUUCAAGACAAUUAAAUUUUUUGACUAAGGCCAGUUGAAAAGUAUUUUGUAGGGAACAGGCAAGUCCAGGUUACAGUUUGGGUACAUGACUGUAUUACAAAAUAUUAUUUUAAAAUUGAAAUUUAUAAUUUAUAAACAAAAUGAAUUUUAAUUGAUUAUAAUGGAUACAUGGUAAGUCACUCGCUUUGCGGCGGGCCUUGUAGUAGUUAUACGUGACUAAUGAAAUUGACGAAAGUUGUCACUGCCAAUAAAACGCUGUCAUGCUGUCAACCUGUGAUGCUGUUACCUUUAGUGCAGAACUGUAUGGUUGUUAAAUGGUGCUUAGUGGUAGUUUACGUAAGUGACAGCAAACGACUGAUUUGCACAUUAUAGGUAGUGUUUUGUAUGGUUGAGGAUGUGUUUGGAACAGUAUGGAGUGUAAAUAGGAUAAUAAUAAAUCUCAUUUUUAAGUACUUA